AUGAUACCGCGUUGGCUGGUGGAGCACGUGUCUGGUCUGGUUGAGCGUCGCUGCGUACACUUCAGCAAGCCUUCGCCGAGCUGCGAGACACGGCGUGACCCGGCUCGCCGGUUCUGUCGCGGAGGUCUGCGUCACCACGGAGAGUGGAUCAGCACGUGCGCCUUGAUCGGGCGGACGCUGCGCGCUCAGGGCAUGCGCUGCGACGUGUUCUAUUCUACUGACACCGGUCGGAGGUUUGUGCGUGCGCUGGAGAGCCGGCUGUGCAGCCUUAGCGCGCAGCAGCUGUUCCAAGUGCUCCUGGCUGGUCUGAAGUUCGAGGCGCCCAUUGAGGGUAUCGUAUGUAGGGAACUAUUGCCUCAGUUGUCCGGGUUGGACACGGUGAGCGUGCUGCGUCUGCCCAGUCUGGUUGCAUCACGCGAUCCAGCUUUCUGGCGUGUGUUGUGGCAGGAGCUGGACUCUCGCCAGCUCGGUGAUAAAAGUUGCUCAGGGGUCCUGCUACGAGUGGAGACCCAUCUGCUAGACUCGUUGCGGUCUGACGCCGCCGCAUAUACAUCUAAAUAA